ACUUUAUUUACAUACAGCACUGGUGUGCCCGUGUACAGUACAGUACUACGUCGGGUGGGAUACACACGCACAGCGGAAUCGGUAAACGGUGCUCUCAGGAUUGUCAGCAAGGUUUUAUUUUGUUGGUAAUCAGACCUUCACUCCGGACGGUCAGCGUACACACAGAGGAGCAGGAUCAGUUUUCUAAACAGUGUGUUCAUUGCAGGAUAGGAUUUGGUCCAUAGUGCUUCAUCGUUAGACACAGUGGAAAUUUAUUGAAGCCAGGAGAAGUAUUGUAUAUACUGUGUUGGAUUGUCUCCAAGAGCAUACAGGGUGACAGUCCACAAAGUACCAUUCCUAUAGGAAGUCUUGAUGAAAAUCGUCAGACAUGGAAAACGUGUACGCACGGUAUUACCAGCAUAGUACCUACAAUCAUGAUUACAACAAGUCGCCCCGUGGAAACCCCUCUCACGGAGACUCCUCCCCGCGAGGUGGUUACAACCAGGACAGUCAUCCACGUGGAGAACCUAGAUACUUCAGGGAGGCUCCCAAGGAGUUCAUAGAUAAUAGAUAUGGAGAUGCUCCCCCUCGUCAGCCCGUACAACCUGGCGAACAGUUCUUUGUUCAGGAGCCUCGGCGAUCCCCCCAUCACUCCCCGAUAUCACCACGUCGUCAGCCCCCUUACUCGGACCGCUCAGACCGCAGGGGUUAUGAUGGGGUGUCCCCUCCUCCCAUGGUCGGGGCCAACAGCCCCCGACGAUAUCCCCAUUAUGACAUGACCCGCCAAGAUCUUCCUCCGAUGAACACAUAUGCAAUCAAUAGUACUACCCAGCAUGACUAUGGCGAUUUUAAUACUAGAACCACACAAAAGGAAUAUGGAGACUUUGCACAAAAACAGCUCAUGAUCAACGACAUCAGGGCACAGGGCGAUCCGGAACUUGCUCGAAGGUACGACAAAAAAUAUGGCAGUCGACCAUAUUUCGACGAAAAGGAUCCCCCUAGUUUCUACAGGGAUUUGCCUCUAACGGAUCGGUCGGGAUACGACGUGGAUCGCCGGGCUCCAAGGUUAGAUGAUGGACCUUUAACUGACCGAUCAGAACGGAAUAGACGUCUCGCACCCCCGGGCCCCUCGCCGCUGCCUCCUGACCAUGCCUUAAAUGAUAUGGCAAAGGGACAGAUGAAGAAGGAAUUGGAUAGAAUUGAACUUCAUGAUGGCAAUUUCAAACCAUAUUCUCAUCACAACUUAGGAGGAGGGCUCGACCCAUUCUCUCCGUUGUCGCCGGGGGCAAGCAGUGGUUCAAAGAAAACGUUUCGGUCCCAGGAACACCAGGUGAUCUCGGGACCAGUAGCUCACCAUAAACGUUUAUAUGAACGUCCCCCGUCCAAGGGACCAGGGGUCCUAUCCCGCUCCAUAGGACACCAUCAACAUCGAUAUGAGGAUAACCUGAUCAAGACCACAAGUCCACGGCGUAGUCAGGAUCCUGGUGUGUUAUCGCGCCAGACAGAACACCACGAGCACCGCUUUGAAAACAACCUCAUCGAGACAAACAAUCCUCGAAGCAGCAAGGAUUCUGGUGUUUUAUCCCGACAAAUAGAAAACCACGAACUUCCAUUUGAAAACAACCACGUGGAGACAAACUAUCCACGGGGAAACAAGAUAAUGCAUCCGAGAGAGGACAAAAUGGAGCCAGAAGGGCCAUUCUAUCCGGAUGUAAUGCUACGCCCAGAAGAGCGGAUGGUGAAACAAAAGCUUCCAAUGCACGACUAUCAUCGGUUUGAACAAGUUCACAAGACAGACUAUCCCGAACGUUUCUAUGCGGAUCCUAAGCAGGGCCACCAAAAUCCGGCAGGUGUGUUCCUCCUCCUCAGGACUGAUGACCAGGGGUUCCAGGACGUCAAGCGACAGUUUGAACGAUUCACUGGGGAUACACCAGCACGGAAACUCCUCGGAAUCGCAACAUCGGACAUGAUUGACGUUAAGGAGGGCGGAGCUGGAUGGCAGAGACAGUCUGUGCUAGCACGAUGGAAUGGACAAUAUUAUAAUCAGGAGAGACGUGGAGCUGUGGAAAAAAUGCUGGCUGUCCAGUGGUUCCCAGGAGAGCAAAAAGCUAGGGACUGGAUCAACAUGGAUCGAGAGUUUAAACACUCUGCAUUCCCCAUUCCGUAUGGCAACCAGACCUCGGUUCUGCCAUUGAAGUACCAGCCAUCGUCAGGAAAGGGGUAUAAAACGUUUAUGAUGAUGGAGUUUAACAACAUCGCAGACAAGCACGAGCUUCGCAAAUACAUCGACUUCAUGUCCAAAGAGAUGACAAGGUACAAUGCAGACAUUGCGUUCAUCGAUGCAGCUCCGGUGUCCGUGAAGUCGACUAUCUUCGACCCAAGGUCACACAUCGUCUGCCAUAUGUUCUGUGACGUACGCGAAGCUAACCGUUGCUUCGAAGAACUGAUUGAGGGUAGAAACUUCCAACACGCAGACGUAACGACCGUUGUGUUUUCAUUACUUGACAUUAUGAGGAAGUAAAACACCACCAAGGUCUUCAGAAACAUUUAUAAUCCACAGAGGUGGAACGUUCAACAAUCUGUGAUAUCGACACUUCCGGCAGCAAAGGGAAGUGUCGCCUCCUCCGGUUUAAAUCGGAACAUAUUUAUGUAAACACAUCUGUGAUACUCAAAAAGGCAAAUACUAUAGUUCUGUAUUUUCUAUAUAUCUACCUUCUGAUCGUUAUGCUUUCAUUCAAGUUAUAUAGACUGGUUUGAUGAAUAUAAAAUAAUGCACUUAAUGUUUAUCAAUAAGUUAGCUCAACAUUGCAUGUACAUGUAUCGUAUGUUGUAAAAACUGCACAAUAUUGAAUCCCAUGUUCAUAAACGGACAUUUUAUUGCAGACAAUGAUUUACAAAAGAUAAAAAUAUAAUUAUGUGAUCAACAAAAAUAUCAUAGUUCAAAUUGAAAGUUGGAGUACUACUUGUUGAAAUGAAGUCGGUGCUAGAAAAUUACAUCAUAGUCAAUUUAAUACAAGUUUCAGAAUUAUAUCUAUGUUGUUGGAAUUUGGCAUAAGUUUAAAAAUUGUCGCAUUUGUCCAAAUAUUCUUAUCAGUGCCUAAUAUUUAUGAAAUACCUUUACCUUACAUGAUAUACUUUAACUUAAGUACAAACGAUUAACAUGAUCAAUUAGUUGAAACUGCUAAACAUGAUAUCAUUGAAUUUCAAAUAUCGCCGAUUGUGUCACUCUAUAUAUAUCUAUAUAAAUGUAGCAAUUCGUUUUACUAGAUCUAUCGUGACAUGAUGUCAUUACUGAUCGGAAAUCAUUCACGAUAUCCAUUCUUCUACACCAUGUUAAGCUUAAAAAUGGACAUAAACACAUAAACCAUAUUUAAGCAUGUACGAUAUCACUUUCAUUUUAAAUAAUUUGAAAUUAGCUGCAUUUUCUUAACGAUCAGUUUCUGCACUUUUUCUGUAAUAUUUCACUUUAGAACAGAUGAAAUAAUUCGGAUUAUUUUUUUCAAGCAGCAAAGAAGCUAUUUAUUUCUAUAAGUACCACCAGUGAGAUAAAAAUAGUGUGCCAGAAUAGUUAGUAACUAAUUUUACAGUCGGCAAGAGUCCGUCUUAAGGAUAACAUAUUUUAACAAUUAAUCGAUUUAUCUAAAAAUUCACAAAAAAUGUAUAUACACGUUUUCAUCGUACACGCUGAGGCAUAUGUAUCCGCUCUACAUAUCGAGAAAUAUACUGUUUCCUCGUACAGAAAUGUUUUGAACCUAAUCCAUCUCACAAACCAGCGAUAAAAUGUUGAUACUGUACCACAUUCAUAAAAAAACAUGCUGACAAUGCUUCAAAAUGUCCUAUGAUAAAGAGGAUAUUGUAUUAAUGUACUUGGAAAGUAAAACUUUAUUUUCUAAUUUUUAUUUGUGAUCAACAAAGAUGUGCUUUUUAGUUUUCACGAUUAUAUCAGGAUAUACAUGAAUUUUUGUUUCUUCUAUUCCUACUUAUUUAUACAACCCUCUAUGUGUUAACUUAUUUUCAGUGUGCAUUUGUCAUACUCAACACUAUUUAUUGGAGAUCUGUAUUUAGUACAUUAAACAUCCGUCCAUUAAAGAA